UUUCGCUCCGCCCCGACUCUCCUGCCUCCCUGACAAACACCACCGGCCCGACCGUCUGCAAGAUCCCCUUUCCGGACAGCUUUAACGGGCAGAAGCAGCGACCUGGUACCCAGGAACCACAGCCGACACACGGCUGUGGCUGUGCAGCACAGAGGGAUUUAAAUAAUGCAAACCGACCUCCAGCAGCAACAGAGGUGGCUGAAUAUGAAGUUUAUGCCUCUGGGGUCAGCUGGAGUCCUGCAGCAGAAACUGCUGGCCCAUUUUGGAGCAGUGAGUGCCUCCGCAGUCUCUCAGUAAUCCUUUAAGGAGCAUUAGCGGGCUAAGUUUGGCGCUGCGAGCGCUGGCCAACACGGGCCCUCACCAGCCGCCGUCAUGCAGAUACCUGACUCCUACAACCAGAAGAACUCACUCUUCAACGCCAUGAACCGCUUCAUUGGCGCCGUCAACAACAUGGACCAGACAGUGAUGUUGCCCAGCCUGCUGCGGGAUGUCCCGCUGGACGACAGGGAUGACCUGAAGCCGACAGAGAACGGGGAUGGUGGGGAUGACGGUGGUGGCACAGGUAGCACCAGCCCCGCCAACGACAGCGCCUACUUCCAGCCUGAUGCUGACAUGUACAGCUCAUACAUCCUGCUCAAAUCCAUCCGCAAUGACAUCGAGUGGGGCGUCGUGCAAGGCGAGGAGUUGCGGAAGGAGAAGGCGGGUGUGGCCAGCAUGGUGGUGGCAGAGGAGGAUGACCUGGAGAAGCAGUUUCACUUCCACCUGAAUGGACUCCACGCGGUUCUGUCGAAACUGACGCAUAAAGCUAACACACUGACGAAUCGCUACAAGGAGGAGAUCGGCUGCGGGAACUGACUGCUGAAUGUCCUGACGGUUGGCGCUCUAUGGGUUUUAGCUCAGUAACUACAAGCGAAGGAAGGAGCGUGUGCAGACGCCAGAAUUCACUUAAAAGCUUUUUCACAGCCUGCAGUGGUGGAUAUCAUUGUGUUAAAUUAACUAGCCAGUCCCAAUAACGGUGAAUAAAAAUAUUUGCAAAUUGAUCGUGAUUGUGUGACUGGAACAAUUUGGGCAUUUUUUGUUAAAUAAUGAGAACUACAAUUUUAAUAACAGUUAUUCAGUCAACUGAGUCCUUUUUGGAUCUCAUUUUGGCACAUGCACUGAUGCUGACUUCAUUCAUUAUAGCCGAUUUAUGCUUUGGUCUUUUUGAAGAGACUUGGCAGUGACAUCAGUAUAUGUCACUAAGCACAAAACUGAUUCAAGCUUUAAAAUUCUGAAUUAAGUCUGGAUUUGUGCAACUAAAGUCAGUACGUCAGUAAGUCAGUACGGUAAUGAAUUUGUAGAGAAUGUUUGCAUGUGAGUUUUUGCUUGAAACCCUCCAAAAUAAACCAAUAGUAAAACAUUUUAAUUCAUCAGCUGCUCGCUGGUGGUGAAUGUUGGAGUUCAAUCGCAUGGAGUGUGAUUACAGAAAGUAGCUUUAGUAUCAAAUUCAGCUUUAAAUAUUGUAAACUUAAGACUAAGUUUGAUUAUCAACUCUUAAAUAUAUCAAAUUAAUAAGUUUAAGAGAUAGAUGAUGGGUAUGCAGGAGAAGGACAAAGGAUCUAAAAUUGAUUAAUUUUGAAUAUUUGGGUGGUUGACCUUUCAUCAGGAGAAAUCUGCUGCAGUUCUAAACUACUGUAAACAAACAAAACCUUAAAAAAAACCCUAAGCUAAACAAUUUUAAAUGAAAUAGGAUCCUGGUAUAAUCCCUGUGGAAUGCCGUCGAGCCAAAAAUCUGUCUCUGAUUCCAAUAACUCUUUCUUUGGCAUACUUUAAACACCUGAAUCCACUGUUUGUCUUCUGGAUAUGACAUCUUGUUAAGAUCGGCAGAUUAGAGUGUCUCUGCUCUGAGCUCCCUACAGCAGUUUGUAGUUAAAGAGCUAAAACAUGUUCUUCAUGGACUUCCCUUUUUAUUUUCUUUUUCUUUCUUUUUUUUUUUCUUGAAGACUUCGUCUAGGUGGUGGGCUGCUUGCAUUCUAUUUUCAGGGUUGACGUCUGUCUGUCCGUUUUUAAAAAAAAAAAAAAAAAAAAAAAUCUCCUGACAUCCUUCAUUUCAUGCUGCAAAUUCCAAACUAUGCAAACACACGAGAGCACAAAAGAAGCUGGCUUGACAUUUCUGUACAGCUUUAGACGCACAAAAAGGAGACAGUAUGAGUCCUUAAAUUUCCCAGUAGUAACAAGAACCCAGUUCUCAUGGUGCUCGAUCGUUCAUAACCUGUUAACAUCUCCUGACAAUCGAUUGUAACCAGACCACAAAUUCUCAGUUCUUUGGUUGUAACUUAAAUGUGGAAGUUCUGAUAUUUUAAAGACGCCACAGUUUGUCCAUUUAUUAAAGGACUAAAGCACCUUAUUUUUAAAAUUUUAAGGAGUUUGGCAGAAACCCAUUGUUUUUGUCUGGUUUCAGCUGAAUAAAAGAGAAGGUGUAAUGAAUGAUUAUUGGCUGAUUUUUGAACUGAACUUAAAGAAGUGAAUGUUUUGUUUGUCGUCUCAAAGCUUUAUUUUAAUGAAUUGAACACUGUGCUUGAUGGUCGAUGACACGUGAAGGCGUUCUGGAGUCUGUGUGUGUAUGUGUGUGUGAAGAAUGCUGGCUGUACAUAUACUAAUGUUUAUUGGUUUUUCUAUUUCUGUCCAGUUUGACCAUUAAAAGAUUUUGGUGUGUA